ACUCUACUACACCUAUGCUACCCUGAAUCCUUCUCCUCUCAAUCCAUCUCCUUUUUUUUCAAAUUUCCAUUGCAUGCGCCACAACUUGCCCCUAUUAUCUCCCCCUUCUCUUAUUUAAACUUCCUAAUAGUAAUACUAAUAGGUAUAGAAGGUGAUGGACUCUGUGCAUCUACAUUUUGCUUUGCUUUUGGCUAUCACAUUAUGCUCCUUCACUCACUCCGCUCAACACCGCAUCCUAUCUCAAAUCUCCGCACCACCUUCCCUUGCACCAUCCAGCCCGCUUCCUGUUUUCAGUGUGCUGUCGUAUGGAGCGGUAGGAGAUGGCGUGGCUGACGACACGCAGUCAUUCAAAAUGGCUUGGGACGCCGCUUGCCAAGCCGAGGACCCGGCUGUCAUCCUCGUCCCCAGGCAUUAUACUUUCAUGAUCCAGUCCGCCAUCUUCUCUGGCCCCUGUAGAAACGAACUUACUUUUCAGAUUGACGGAAGUAUAUUGGCGCCGGAUGGUCCGGACUCUUGGCCGAAAAACAACAGCAAGCGACAGUGGCUAGUGUUUUACAGGAUAGAUGGAAUGUCAAUGCAAGGCAGUGGCCUCAUAGAUGGACGAGGCCAGAAAUGGUGGGACCUUCCAUGCAAACCUCACAGAGGCGUGAAUGGAACUACUUUACCUGGCCCCUGCGACAGCCCAGUGGCACUAAGGUUUUUCUGGAGCUCAAACUUGAUGGUCAAAGGAAUCAAGAUAAAGAACAGCCCGCAGUUCCAUUUCCGGUUCGACAGCUGCCACCACGUCCACAUCGAUUCCCUUUACAUCAAAGCACCCUCUUCCAGCCCCAACACCGAUGGAAUUCACGUCGAGAACACCAACAACGUCAACAUAUACAACUCUGUCAUAGCUAAUGGGGACGACUGCGUCUCAAUCGGCGCUGGCACGUUCAACGUAGACAUAAGGAACAUCACCUGUGGUCCUGGACAUGGAAUAAGCAUCGGCAGCCUGGGGCCGAGGAACACGAGGGCUUGCGUGACGAACGUAACGGUGCGGGACUCGGUGAUCAAGCACUCGGACAACGGAGUGCGGAUCAAGACGUGGCAGGGCGGGUACGGGAUGGUGUCUGAGGUCUCGUACAGCAACAUCGUGAUGGAGAGCGUGAGGAAUCCGAUAAUGAUCGACCAGUACUACUGCAGCAGCAAGUCAUGCGCCAACCAGACGGCGGCAGUGUACAUCAGCGGGGUCUCAUACAGCGGCAUCAAGGGCACGUACGACGUGAGGUCGCCGGCGAUGCACCUGGCCUGCAGUGACGCGGUGCCGUGCACCAAUCUGACUCUGACGGAUGUGGAGCUGCUUCCUGCGCAGGGGCAGAGGAUGCUCGACCCUUACUGCUGGAAUGCAUAUGGAGCCGUCGCAGAAUUUACCAUUCCGCCGCUCUUCUGCCUCAUCCAGGGUAAUCCGCUGACGUUGCCGGCGACCGACGUCGAUCGGUGUUAGCAUCAUACAUAUAUAUUGAGAGAAAGACUUUAAACAUAUGGUAUAAGUAUAUAAGAUGUAAUGUAGUAGUGGUGUACCAGAAUUAUGUUAUCAACCAUGUAUGUAUUUCUCAUGG